AUGGAGAUCAGCGACGCCGCGAAGUCUGGGGACGGAACUACGACCAACGUGGGCAUCAAGAUGACGGGCACCUUCCAAUGCCCAGAGUGCCGUCAGAAGUUUGACUCCGAGAAGGCGAAGCAGCUGCACUGGAAGUUCAUCCAUGACCCCAACAGGCUCGGCCUUCAACGCCUGCUGGGCUCUGAGGGAUGGGCGCGUGAGGAUCCCGGCCGUGAACUGGAGGCCUCCACAGCGCAGCGCGCAGAGCUCGGCGCGGAGCUCGCCAAGGUGCAGGAACAGCUCCAGAGCGCGCAGGCAGAGAUGGAGCAAGAUCAGGCAGUGCCCGGGGUCCAGGGUAUGGGGAAGUGUCCGUGCGACCGUGCGACCUGA